UGCUUUUAUUAACGCGCUCUAGAAAGAAAAAAUCUGGAAGAAAAAAUCACUUAUAAAUUUAUUUAAUGUAGUGAAUCAAUUCCCAUGGAAUUGAGAGUCUGCAAGUCUGCAAAUAUUCAUUUGAAUUUAUUUUUUUCCCAUUAUCAAUUUGACAAUUGAAAAAAUCAUAUUCAAUUCAGCGAAGAACUGAGUCUGGAUGAGAAUGGACGGGGUCCUUUGGAGUCCUGGGGCCAAUGCCAUUUUUUUUUCUGGAGGAAUCCCUGAGUAUUUCUGCGUAAUCGGCUGAUGAGUCCAAAAGCAAGAUGCCAAUCUCACCCACCAGCAAUGCUCGACAGCUAGCGAGAUGUCACGAGCGGAAAGCAGAAACGUCGAGGGGGACAGAAGUUAUCACCCCAGAUCGUGUAGGACAAACAGCGUGGCACUUCCGGCCAGCGAUAACUUCCUGCCGUCAACCGGAACGAGACGACAGCCGCCGUUACCACGACGUCAUUCCGAGACCCCGACGGUGACGAUUACCAGGACUCCACCACCGCUGCCAGCAAGAAGGCAACAUGAGCGUCCAAUUUUCAUAACGACCAGUGGAAGAUCGGGUGAGCGGAAGAACAGUCUCGAUGGUCUCGUUAAAUCCGAGUCAAUUACAGCGUGGAGAAGGGCCAGUGAAGAUAGCGAUGGUAAACUCAUUGAUCUGGAGACAUCGAGACUGCAGAAUGGUUUUGAAUCCCUCUCUAAGCCUCAAAGUGCUGAGCAUGAGCAUGGAUACACCACUCGAAAGUUUGAUGACGAUCGUGUUGAGAACUUUGAUGCCAGUCACGGUGGGGCCUUCAAGUCUAGCUUUGAAGAGCUUCAAAAAACAGUUCGAGAUCUUGAGAAGAGGCUGCAUGAGGGUAUUGUCAGGAGUGUCGAUCACAGCUGCUGUGAAGUUGCUAAUCAACGGAGGAGCAGAGAUUAUUUCAAUAAGAAUUCAAGACUGCAGCGUACGAAGUUUGAAAGCGAUACCGAGGAUCGCCAUGAGGCAGAGAAGAGAUCCAAGCUUGAGGCAUUGCAGGCGACAUCGAGAAAUCUUGAGAAAUGUUUGCAGAGUGAGCAGCAGCCAACAAAAGUCAAGUACAAUGUGGAUAUGGAGCGUGCUAGGAAUAUUUUGCAGAAUAAUUUGAGGAAAGAAAGAGGAGUUGAGAGAUUGGAAAAACUUCCCAAAGCAACCCAAACUAAUCUACCACCACCUUUGAGCGCUAUUUGUCAGAGUCCCGUCCAGAAUAAACCGGCGAGUGUUAGACAGGACAGCAAUGUAUCAUCUGAUAGCUUUAGUCAGACUAGUUCACCAAGCUACACCAGCAAAACCAUGGAAGCACCACUUUUACCACACAAGCAUAUCAAUGGAAGAGUUCCAGGAAGAGCUUUGAUUCCGGAGUCUGAAAAUCCACCAGGCAGUCCAAUCACAAAAUCAAUGAGUACCCCAGCGAGCUUGCAGACAAUCGUCAGGUUUCACAGUGGCAGCAACAUGUCGUUACAUCACAGAAUUAUUCGUGACAUUAGGAGACCGAGCAGUCACUACGUUACCAGAGGUAGAAUAAAAUUCCGACAUGCUCAAGUUUUUGUGAAUGCUGUUGCCCUCCUAGCAAUUGCGGGAGGUUUCUUGGCUUAUUUCAAAUCCUAUCCUGAAGGAAGUGUGCGAUUCGAGAAUCGAACUGUUCUGAAAACCGGCAUUCAGUCAUCAUCGAGACCAUUAUCUUCACUGGCUGAACAGAAAAAUCCAGCGCCGGGUAUAUGUCUACCAGUUAUCGUCACUUUUUGCAUGAAUCGCAAGGUGCCGUACAAUUUCACGGUAUUCCCCAAUUACAUGGGAAACUUUGGUCAGCGCGAUGCACAGCAUGAACUGGAGAAUUAUGAAGCAGUUGUUGACGUCAGGUGUUACGAACUCGCGGCCUUGUUUCUGUGCAAUGUCUUCGUACCAAAAUGUGGAUCCCGCGGUCAAGUGGUUAGACCCUGCAGAAGUUUGUGCAAUGAAAUGACGAGAAGAUGUGGUUUCUUUCUCAACGUAUUCGGUCUCAAGAUGCCUGACUACCUGGACUGUGACUAUUUUCCGGAGAACGCAAGUCCAGAUAUUUGCGUAGGCCAUCACGAGGUGAAGGAGGCAGCACUGCGAGCUGAAAAACCAGUUUGCACCAGUGGAUUUCAAUGCGACAGUACCAGAUGUAUUCCAGUUGACUGGAAAUGCGACGGGCACGUGGAUUGCGCCGAUCAGACUGACGAGAUUGACUGCGGGGAGUGCGCAUCACCACCGGUGCAGUACUCUGUCAACAGUAAGAGUAAGAAUCAGGGAAUAAGAGAUGUCAUUGCCAAGCCGACGCUGCACUGCGGUGAACGUAGAUGCAUGUCACCAACUCAUGUCUGUGAUGGAGUGCUUGAUUGUCCUUGGGGCCAGGAUGAGAGAAAUUGCUUGAGACUCAGUGAGAGGAAUGGAGACAUCGGCAAGGGUCGUCUUCAGGUAUAUCACGCGGAAAAUCAAAGCUUCAUCCCAGCCUGCAUCACUCACUGGGAGUCCACAUCGGCUCAGGCUAUCUGUCGUCUUCUCGGUUACAAUGUCGUCAAUUCCUCCAUGUUCUCGAUGAAGAGCAACAAUAUGACAGUGAGUGAGCCACAAAUAGAUACGUCCCAGCGUUGGAGACUUGCCCAAAAGGGCCAAGGCAAUCUCCUGAAGGACCUGCAGACCUGCACGGAUCACAGCGAUUAUCGAACAGUGGAGCUGACCUGCUCUGAAUACGCUUGCGGUCGACGUCGGAAUAAUUUCGGAAAUGCCAAGCCACAACGUCGGAUAGUUGGAGGAGUGGAAUCGAGUCCUGGUGAUUGGCCGUUCCUUGCAGCUCUCCUUGGAGGACCUGAGGAGAUCUUCUACUGCGCUGGUGUUCUCAUUUCAGAUCAGUGGGUUCUUACAGCUGCACAUUGCGUUGGAAAUUUUAGUCAUUCAGAUCUCUCAGGUUGGACCAUUCAGCUUGGGAUAACGAGACGAUACGCUCACACUUAUCUCGGCGAGAAAAGGAAAGUAAAGAGGGUUGUACCUCAUCCAAAUUACAAUCUCGGUGUUGCUCAUGAUAAUGAUGUGGCACUUUUUCAACUGGAAGAGCGUGUCAAUUUUCAUGAUCAUCUGAGGCCAGUCUGUCUUCCAGAACCCGAUACAGAAUUGACUCCUGGCACUGUUUGCACUGUUAUUGGGUGGGGAAAGAAGGAGGACACUGACUCGUCUCAGUACGAGCCAGCAGUCAACGAAGUUAAAGUGCCCGUAUUGGAGAGGGAGCUUUGUAACCAGUGGCUGGAACACAAAGAGCUCAAUGUCACGGAUGGAAUGAUCUGCGCUGGCUAUCCCGAGGGUAAAAAAGACGCCUGUCAAGGCGAUUCUGGUGGUCCAUUGUUGUGUCAAGAUGAAAAUGAUAAGGAGCGUUGGUUCGUGGGUGGAAUCGUCAGCUGGGGAAUAAAGUGCGCCCAUCCAAAAUUACCUGGUGUUUACGCUUACGUUCCAAAGUAUGUACCCUGGAUUCUCAAGGAGAUGGCCAAGUAUUCGGAGAGGGAGAAAGGCUAACACAGAAAGGUCGUUAAGAGGCUCGGUAAGAAGAGAUUGAAGGAUGACAAAAGGUUGAGACGUGGUUGAUGGAUAUCAUUCAGCGAAUCGACAAGCUACUUGAAGGUACGGCGAACAUCCUCUGCAACAGCCCAUUUUUACUCGGGUAUGACAAGUUGAUACUGCCGUCUAUUUGGAUCCUCAAUAUCUUUUCCAAAUCCCGAAUUUUCUUAAUGACAAUUAGGAUGAAAAAUUUAUAAUGUCACGAUGGAUUUUUUACAGUCGAAAAAUAGAACGAGAUGAAUUUUACUUUUUUUUUUAUUCUAUUGAUUCAUAUAUUUGAUACAAUUGGGCGAACGCUGUUUUGCGUCACGGCUCUGGAAUGACAAUGAAAUACUUGGAAACAUAUAGUAAGAUAUACAAGAGAACACUAGGAUUACUCGCGUACACGUGGCGCAAUUAUUUCAAUAAAAUAUAUAGCAAAGUUCAGAUAUAUAGCGAGUACAAAGGAUUAACAAAUGUUUUGAUGAAAGCUAUCACGCAAAAUUACGAAAUUUUGGUAUUAUAUUGGAGAUCGGAUUAAGUGAUGUGUUAAUUCGUUUCUAUAACAUUUUCUACUUCUUGAGAGUGAUUUUUUUUUUCUUGCCCAUGCAGUUGAAACGAUUCCAGACAGAAUAAUGAGACUUGAGAAAUUCAAUCAGAGAUAAUACUUUUUACGAUGAGAUUUAAAUAAAAAAAAACGUAUUUUCACACUUUUUCGAAUCGUUUCUACUGUGUCCACCAUAGGUACUUUAUUGUACUGAAAAAAAUACUGGCGUGUAUUGCGUCAGAUCUAAGAGUAGAAUAGUUAUCCAUGUAAUCAGCGUGACAAGGAAAUGUAGAGGGAGUGGAAACUAAUGGCUCUGGAAAAUGAAACCGUAAAUUCAGGCAUAGCUUUCGGGAACGAAGUGGUGUGUAAAUUUAAAAUGGUAUUACGUGAGCUUUACAUGGCAUAUAUAUAAUUCGAAGUACUAUGUGCAUUAAAUAUAUAUUGAGAAAAGUACGAUAAUUGUAUCUUAUCUCGUUGCUCACGCUUACACCAGCUUUCAGCGUAGAAAUUAGGAUUAGAUUAAUGACGAUAUUAAUCGGGUAGAGUAGAUGAUAAAAAUGUUGACUGAAUUCUAGGGAUAAUAUAUUGCACCAGCACUUUUUUGAUUCGCACUCGAAAAGAAAUGUACUUUGUACGGAUAUAUUGUUUUGUAAUGGAUAGAAGCCUUACUAAUUAGCUUAGGCUUUUCCUAAGCGAAUGAGAAAUCUAUGGUAUUGUUGGUAUAUAUUUCAUGAGAAUUUUCUCCCUUCGAUCUUUUGAUUUUUUUUUCUUGCUCAUUGACUUCCUCAGGGAGGAAAAUGUAUUUCUUGUUCUGGCAGCGAUAUUAAUUUUUAUUCGACAAUAAUCGAGGAAACAGGACAAUAAUUGUCUUCCUUAGUAUCCAGACAACAAUUAGUAAUAAUUGAGGGAUAAUUAAUAAUCACCGACAAUACUGUGUGAGGAGACAAUAAAUAAUUUUAGGAAAAUGUUCCACCAUGGACAAUAAAAAUAAUUUUAAGAAAUACAUAAAUGGAUAUUAGGUAAGACUAGGAUAAAUUUAAUAAGCUAUAGCAAUAAAAUUAUAUAUAAUUAUAAGAUGAUAAAUGAUUUGUAAAUUGCGUUUACCUCGUAAAAUUGUUGAAGAAUAGCCCAUGAAAUUCAUAAAAAUGCAAUCAAACCCUAGUUUGUUUAAUCUGAUAUUACUAGUGGAAUCAAUGUAAAAAAUCUCAUAAAUUAGAAUUCAAUUCAACAAAAUUUGAUUAAUUAAAAUCAUGCGAUGAGUGAUAUAAAUUGACUUUAUGCAUAUAUGUAUAAGAGCUGUACAUUAUUUUUGACAGAUGUCAAUUUUGGUGCUUGUCAAUAAUGUUGAAUCCAGAUAAAUUUGAAGA